GGCGAGGCAAACUUGGAGCCUCUUUAUGCAAGUAGCGACGUAUGAAGCUUAAUAGAACACUAUCUUGUCUGUUCGCGAGAAAUUCAAAACACCCGAUUAGAAUUUUGGUGGGGGUGGCUAUAAGAGAGAAUCUCGGCGUACUUCGGCCGGCAUUCACAGUCAACAUUGAGCGAGAGCUUGCUGGAGAAGAGUCUUCGCAAGUAUUUGAUAUCGGUGAAACCUGUGUGUAGCGUUAAUAUAAUGUCGAGUCUAACAGCACCGAUGUUCAAGUUUUACAAUGGCAACGAAGUACCGGCUUUUGGUCUGGGCACAUGGAAGUCUAAACCAGGUGAAGUCACCCAAGCUGUCAAAGAUGCUAUUGAUAUCGGCUACAGACAUAUCGAUUGCGCAUAUAUUUAUGGCAACGAAAAGGAAAUCGGGGCUGCUAUACAAACAAAAGUAAAGGAGAAUGUCGUAAAGAGAGAGGAUCUAUUCGUAACUAGCAAACUGUGGAAUACUUUCCACAGACCUGAUCUGGUCGAACCAGCCAUCAAGCGGACGCUGGCUGAUCUUGGUCUUGAUUACCUAGAUCUCUACUUGAUACACUGGCCAGUUGGAUUUAAAGAGGGCGAUGAUGUUUUUCCCAAAAAUGCCGAUGGUAGUACCACUCUGAGCGAUGUAGAUUAUGUCGAUACUUGGAAGGCAAUGGAGGCUGUACUAUCCAAGGGAUUGACGAAAAACAUUGGGAUCAGUAAUUUUAAUUCUGAGCAAAUUACGAGACUGCUCGAAAAUACGACUGUGAAACCUGUUACGAAUCAGAUCGAAUGUCAUCCGUAUCUAACGCAAAAGGAACUGUCAAACUUUUGCAAGGAGAAGGGCAUUCUUAUUACAGCCUACAGUCCACUCGGAUCACCAGACAGACCAUGGGCCAAGCCGGACGAUCCGAAACUGCUGGAAGAUGAAACAUUAUCUCAGAUUGCCAUAAAAUAUGGCAAGACACCUGCGCAGAUACUCUUACGUUAUCAGUUGGAACGUGAUCACAUAGUGAUACCAAAAUCAGUCACAAAGUCUCGAAUUCUUGAAAACAGCAAAAUAUUCGACUUUAAAUUAAAAUCCGAAGACGUCGAAUAUAUCGACACUUUCCAUCGUAAUGGAAGAAUGUGUCCCUUGACUGGUUCGGAAGCCAGCCCUUAUCACCCGUUCAACAUUCCAUUUUAAGCGAAGUAAAAACAAAAUUGGGAUCACAGGUGGUUGAUAUAACACACGCAUUUCUUUGGUUAAAAUAUAUAUAUAUUUUUUAAUAGUCAGUCGCCUACAAAAUUACCGUAUAAGUGAGCAUUAAAAACAAUAAAUUAAAAACCUUUUUCUUUC